AUGGCUAGUCGCACACCCAUCAGCCGAGGCAGGCGUUCAGCGGUGCCCGAAGGCCUCAAUGAGACGUGGGCAAAGGACUUGACCGACCAGUUCCGCCGCACCCUCAGCACAAAGCGCAUGAACGCCCUCACCAGACAGACGACGCAACAGCAUACUCAAGCGCCAAACGCUCCGCCCUCCUACUCAUCUCUCCGCAACAUUCCGCUUGUCGCAACCGCCCCGUCGGAUCGAAAUUCGUUGCGCUUCCGUUCCAUGCUUCUCUCUCUGUCCAACACGCCCUGCAGAUGGGAGAAUCCCGGCUUGCUGGACGAGGCCCUCCGCUCAAUUCCUCUGGAACGCAUCUACGACCAAGCACAAGAAGAGAGUGAUCUUUACCUAGCCGAGGCUGCCUCAUUAGGAACCAACACCAAAGCUGCCUGGGGCUACCAGGACUGCGUCGUCCGAGCCCUCAUGAAGUGGUUCAAGCACCACUUCUUCCAAUGGAUCAACAACCCCAAGUGUGGUGCAUGCCAUGCACCCACCAUUGCCGUCGGCAUGGCUGCUCCUCUUCCCGACGAGCAAGCCCGUGGUGCCAACCGUGUCGAGAUCUAUCAAUGUUCCAAUGCCCAGUGCCAGGCCCAUGAGCGCUUCCCCAGAUACAGCGACGCGUUUGUGCUCCUCCAAACACGAAGAGGUCGUGUCGGUGAGUGGGCCAACUGCUUCAGCAUGUUGUGUCGUGCAGUUGGCAGCAGAGUGCGCUGGGUCUGGAACAGCGAGGACCACGUCUGGACCGAGGUCUACAGUGAGCACCGCAAGCGCUGGGUCCACGUCGAUGCCGUUGAAGAGGUCUGGGACCAACCUCUUCUCUACACACAUGGCUGGAAGAAGAAGCUUGCUUACUGCAUCGCCUUCUCUGCCGACGGCUGCCAAGAUGUCACACGUCGCUACGUGCGCAACUUUGGAAAGUAUGGUCUACCCCGAACAAAGGCCCAAGAGAGUGCCGUCCUUCACAUCAUCGCCGAGAUCAAGAACAUGCGCCGUCGCGACAUGAACAAAACAGACAAGUUCCGCCUAGAGGGCGAGGAUAUUCGCGAAGACAAGGAGUUCCGUCAAAACGUCAUCGAGAGUCUGUCAAGAGAAAUCUGCCGCAUGCUUCCUGGCCGCCCCGACGCAGACAUGCUCAAGGCCCAAGAGCGCGCCAGAGAAGCCCAACUCGCUCGUGCUCGCAACCAGCAGAAUGCACAAUACUUCAACCCUCGCGACCAACAGCAGCAAUAA